ACAUCAUUAACCAGGCCACAAGCCAGGAGAAGGAGCCUAAUGCGCAUGUUCCAGGGAGGAACACCUCAAGGAAUAGGCUCCCCUAGUGUUUAUCAUGCGGUUAUUGUCAUCUUUUUGGAGUUUUUUGCUUGGGGACUACUGACAGCACCCACAUUGGUGGUAUUGCAUGAAACCUUCCCUAAGCAUACAUUUCUGAUGAAUGGCCUAAUUCAAGGAGUAAAGGGUUUGCUGUCCUUCCUCAGUGCCCCACUUAUUGGUGCUCUUUCUGAUGUUUGGGGCCGGAAAUCCUUCUUGCUGCUAACAGUGUUCUUCACCUGUGCCCCCAUUCCUCUAAUGAAGAUCAGCCCCUGGUGGUACUUUGCUGUUAUCUCUGUUUCUGGGGUUUUUGCAGUGACAUUCUCUGUGGUAUUUGCAUAUGUAGCAGAUAUAACUCAAGAACAUGAAAGAAGUAUGGCUUAUGGGCUGGUUUCAGCGACGUUUGCCGCCAGUUUAGUCACCAGUCCUGCGAUUGGAGCUUACCUUGGACGAGUGUAUGGGGACAGCUUAGUGGUGGUCCUUGCUACAGCAAUAGCUCUGCUAGACAUUUGUUUUAUCCUCGUCGCUGUGCCAGAGUCAUUGCCUGAGAAGAUGCGGCCAGCGUCGUGGGGAGCUCCCAUUUCCUGGGAACAGGCUGACCCCUUUGCAUCUUUAAAAAAAGUGGGCCAAGAUUCCAUAGUGCUGCUGAUCUGUAUCACGGUGUUUCUCUCCUACCUACCGGAGGCAGGCCAGUACUCCAGCUUCUUCCUGUACCUCAGACAGAUAAUGAAAUUUUCUCCAGAGAGUGUUGCGGCCUUUAUAGCAGUACUUGGGAUUCUGUCCAUUAUUGCACAGACCAUAGUCUUGAGUUUACUCAUGAGGUCAAUUGGAAAUAAGAACACCAUCUUAUUGGGUCUGGGAUUUCAGAUAUUGCAGCUGGCAUGGUAUGGCUUUGGUUCAGAACCUUGGAUGAUGUGGGCUGCUGGGGCAGUGGCAGCCAUGUCUAGCAUUACCUUUCCAGCUGUUAGUGCCCUUGUUUCACGGACUGCUGAUGCCGAUCAACAGGGUGUUGUUCAAGGAAUGAUAACAGGAAUCCGAGGAUUGUGCAAUGGUCUGGGACCAGCCCUUUAUGGGUUCAUUUUCUACAUAUUCCAUGUGGAACUUAAAGAACUGCCAAUCACAGGUUCAGCAGACCUGGGGACAAACACAAGUCCUCAGCACCACUUUGAACAGUUCCAGGAACUCACUGUGUGGCCUGUGCUGAUGCUUCUGCCCCAGCCUUCUGAAUACUGAGAUUACACAGAGCAGCCAGUGAUGCCCACCUGAAGUGCUUAGUGUACUUUCGGUCAGAUGAAACCCCAAUGGAUUGGGGCUUUAGCCCUGCUGGAGAGCUUGCCUAGCAUCAAUGGGCCCUCCAUUCAGCCCGACAUUGUUAAAACAAAAGUUAAUCUUUAAAGUCCAAGAAACUUUUCUUCCGAGUACCUUACUGCAGAAUUGUCUGUGCAUCCUUUUCCUCUAAGAAUGAAGAAUCAUUUCAAAGCCACUGUCCGUUUGUAUGUAAUGGCAUGUCAGCUCUUUCUGCAUUCCAUGCUGCUGCUUUUCUGUAUCACAGCUGUCACCCGUCUCCAGAUGGAGGCGGUUAUGCAUGCGUUUGUUGAUGUGCUUGCUUUAUUUCCCUCCUUGUAACUGACAUUACCAACGCCAAGCCACAUGAACCAUUGAGCCAAUGCAAACAGCUCUUCGGUUUCCUUGAUUUAGCAAGAGUUUUCCCCAGCCAAGCCUAUUUCCAAAUUUAAAAGAAAAAAAAAAAAGUGGGCCACAUAAACAAAACCUGACCAUGCAGGCUUCUGUGUCAGAAUGAAUGUGAUCUGGGGCUAAAAUAAAAUCUGUUUACCUGUUUUUUCUGUGGUUAGCAAUGUUGUGUUUUUGAAACAAACAAAAAAAGGUAUUGAUUCUAUAGGUGUCAGUAUGUGCAGCUUUGCUUGACUCUGAGGUUCCUGUCUUCCUCUUGGGACUAGCAGAUUGAGUGGAGGUGCAUGAAGACCUGUUUUCAGGUGCUGUGCUGAAAGCAAUGCACAGUUGUCUAGAUAAUCGUAAGUCUGUGUGCAGGACUUUACAGUAAGAAUGUGAAGUAUUUUAUAACUUGCUUCAAUGGAGUCAUUGGCUUAGAAAAAAUCUGGGUGGUGGUUGUACACGCCUUUAAUCCCAUAGGAGGAUCUCUGUGAGUUGGAGGCCACCAGGACAGCCAGAGCUGUAUAUAGAGAACCCCUGUCUCAAAAAACAAAACAACAAAAAAUCCGAGGAAAAACAGUUGCUAAGCAAUUUUAGGGGGAAAGUAUCUGUGCAAACUCCCUAACUAUUG